AUGGAUUUAGAGGAUAUUUAUGAAAAUGUUGAACGCAGAGAUAUUGGGAGCACAACUGGAGCUCAAACUCAGAGUCACGGCCGGGAUGAAGGAAAAGAUCUAAAGCACAGAGGAAGUAGUUUGGUGUUGAUCACAGUGGGUCUCGGGCUCAUUUGUGUUCUUCUGAUGGUCUUCAUCAUACUGCUCAACAUCACCAUCACAGCAGAGAGAGACCUGAUAAAGAGUUACAAGAACACCAGCAACUUCAACUCUUUGAGUCAGAAGAACCUGGUGCUGGAGACCAGAGUGAAAGCUCUCACUGCUGAGAAAAGUCAGUUACAGAGAGAUUUUGACUCUUUGAAUAAGAAGGGUCCAGUUUAUUUCUUCAUGUCCACUGAGUCGAGCUGGUCUGACAGCAGACAGUACUGCAGGGAUCGUGGAGCUGAUCUGGUCAUUAUCAACACUGAAGAGAAGCAGAGGUUCAUAACUUCAUUAGUCCGUGAGAAAGUGUGGAUUGGUUUGUCUGACACAGAGAACGAGGGCGUCAUGAAAUGGGUGGAUAAUUCACCACUGAAACAAGGGUUUUGGCUGAAAGAUGAGCCAAACGACUACAAUGGAAAUGAGGACUGUAUUGAACUGAAUUUUAAUAGAGAGAAGCCGGGAUGGUCACCACUGAACGACUGGAAUGAUCUUUCAUGCUCCGAGAAGAAAAAGGGGAUUUGUGAGAAAUAGGGUUCAACCUUUUCUAACGGUUUUGCUUUUUUUUUGUGAUGUAAUCAUUCUUAUUGUAAACGCAUAAGUUCUUAUUUAGGUCCUGCCUUUAAAAUAAAAACAAUCAGCGGAUCUUAAAUUUGUUAAAAGGACAAUGUGUAAUUUUCUUAUGGCUAUAAUAACCUUUAUUUCUGAUGCCGUGAAUUUGGGUGAUGUGGGACACAAAACCUCUGUGUUCAUGUUUUGCUGCAUCACAAGCAGCUCUAUAUUAAUAUGAUCUUAGUUCAGCUGUUAUCAUGAGUCUCAUUUGUUGAUCUGAAGUGUUGAGGAGACAAUCAUAGUAAACUACAGAAGUCUAAAGUGUCCAGAUUACUCUGAUUCACCUUCUUAUUCUUAUAUUGAGUGUCUGUAAUUGCUUUCUCUCUGAAUAAA